AUGAGUCGCUAUCAAAGAUUCUCACAAUCAUCUUUCCAAUAUAAUCCCCAAUAUAAUUCUCAAAAUAAUUCCCAAUAUAAUUCUUCGUAUAAUUCUUCGUAUAAUUCUUCAUAUAAUUCUCCAUCGGAGGAUAUAAGAGCUGUCGUUGCAAUCGAUUUUGGAACUACAUUUAGCGGUUUCGCUUAUGCUCAUAAAGCUAAUCCCAAUGAAAUAGAAAUAAAUACUCGAUGGUCCGGAAGAGAAGGACUUCCAAAAACAAAUACCGCGUUACUAUAUGAUAGUAGAUGUAAAGAAGUAUUAAAAUGGGGUGAACCCGCAUUACUUUACGAACAAAAAAGGAUCCGAAAUAGUUCUAGGGAAUUAUUAGGUUUAACACAUCCACCACAAAACCACAUGGUUGAAAAAUUUAAAUUGUACCUAGAUGAUAGUAGUAAUGAAAAACCAUGGUUGCCUGAUGGUUUAAAUUUUAAAAAAGCUAUUGUUGAUUAUUUAAAGCAAAUGAAAGAAGUUAUAGAAAAAACACUUGAUAUAAGAUGGCAAGCUGAAGCGGCUGCCCUACAUUGUCUAUCAGCUAUCGAAGAACAUAGUUUAGCAGUAGGCGAUACGUUUCUUGUUGUUGAUUGCGGAGGAGGUACCGUCGAUCUCACAAUGAGGACACUCCAAAAGGGAAAUAGGCUAAAAGAAGAGACCGUUAGAACAGGCGACUUGUGCGGUAGCACUUUUGUGGAUCAAGCAUUCAUUAACUUCAUGGGCCGCACAGUAGGCUUUACCGCUUUAGACGAGCUAAGAAGAUAUGCCCAUAGUGACUUACAAAAGCUAGUUCAUAGAUUUUUUUGUGAGACGGUUAAACUUCCAUUCACUGGAGAUCCCUUUGAAUUUGAAACAGUUGAAUUGGAUCUCGAAAGGCAUUGCCCAUCAUUGAAAUCAUAUAUUACUGGAGCGGAAAGAUCUAAAUUAGAAGAUAGUGAAUGGGUCAUUGAGUUAGAUUUUGAUGUUGUAAAAAAAAUGUUCGAUCCGACGAUCGAUAAAAUCCUCAAGUUAAUUAAUAAUCAGUUGUUGGAUCUUCCUAACAGGCGUAAAUGUAAAGCUAUGUUUUUAGUUGGCGGAUUCAGUGAAUCCCCAUAUCUGAUAAAAAGAGUGAGAGAGAAAUUCCUAGGGCGUGUACCUAUUAUUGCAUUCCCUCGAAAACCAAUUGCUGCAGUGCUUAAAGGGGCAGUUAAAUAUGGACUGGACAUGGGCCUUGUCGAAACUCGAGUCUUAAAAUGGACUUAUGGAGUGGAAAUAAAGGUAAAAUUUGAGCGCGGUGAUCCACCUAGACUUCGAACAUAUGAUAACAAAAUUUGGAAGUUUGAUCGUUUGGCGGCUCGCGGAACACAGGUUUCUGUCGAUCAAACUUUUUCUAAAGAGUACCUACCUUUAAGCGCUGAUCAGACAACAGCGGUAUUUCAAAUAUACAUAACUAAAGAACGAAACCCAAAAUACAUUAAAGAGAAAGAGGCUGGAAUGCGUAAGCUUGGUACUCUAAAAAUCAGCUUAUCCAAUAUACCUUCACGAGGGAGAGACCGUCCAGUGGAAUUUACAUUAACUUUUGGCACGAUGGAAAUCACAGCUACGGCUAGAAAUACGUUAACGAACGAAAUAUAUGAUACUAAAUUCGAAUGGGACGUUCAAAAAUAA